GAAAUGUAUACUUAACUAUACUAACAUUUACACAUUUUAUUUACAUUAUGUGAAUUAUAAUUAAUGGUAAGAAUUUCUGGGAUUAAAGUCAGUGUAAAUUUAUAUUCUUGGUGAAAUUAACUACUGGUGUUUGUUUACAUGCUGGGUGUUUACUUUCAAGUGCCAACUGGACAAUUUUUUUGUACAAGACGUGGAGGAGACUUUCUUCAGCUCCGUAGUCUUGUUUUAGUGCCAUAUAUAAUGUUAAUGCCAAGAAGAACAGGUGUAUUAAGGAGAUAAGUAAAGAAUUAAGUUAAUGAAGCAAGUUUUAAUGUAUCCAGGUCACCAACUUGUGUGUGUAUUGUUAGGAGUCAGCUGCCGCCACUUGUCCCUCCAUCAUACAAGAUGAGUUCUGCUUUUAAGUCUCUCCUGAUCCACGGCCGACAGAGCUCUCCUGUUAUCAUUGGUCUCUGUAUUGGCAUAGCCCUCAGUCUUAUCCGAACACCAUUUAUUGAUGAUGAUUGUCCUAGGUCCCUGAGCCCUGAGAUACAGACUAAUGAACGACUGGGUAAGCUGAGAGACCUGAGGAGUAAUGGACUGACAACCGAGGAAGACUAUGAACCUCGUCUCGUACUGGAUAGUUUUAAUAAGGAAGAAACCUCAAAAUCUACGAAGGCCGAGAAAUUACUGCGACCUCGAUACUACACCACCGAAUUAGGUAUACGGGAUAAACUCCUCGUGGCCGUUAUAUCAACAGAGGAAAGCAUCGGUACCUUCGGCAUUGCCAUGAACAAGACCCUAAACCACCACGUCGAUAAAAUAAUAUUCUUCAUAGACGGCAUCGGCACUAAGAAAUUUGGGCUAGACAUUCCAAUUGUUGGGUUCAAAGAUGAGAAGCCGCUCAUCAAAGUCUUCAGAAUGCUCACUUACUUACACGAAAAUUAUCUGAACGAGUUUGAUUACUUCUUCAUAGUGUCGGAUCGGACGUACGUUCACGGCAGGAAGUUACACAAGAUGGUGAAGAGGAUCAGCAUCAGUGAGAACGUAUAUAUGGGGAUGCUGAUGGACAACCCUGAAUCACUCUAUUGUUCCAUUGACGCUGGCAUUGUUCUCAGUCACUCUGUCAUGCAGGCGGUGGGUGCAAAGUUAAGCUGGUGUACCCGUAACACCUAUUCUGAAGCUGACACUGACAACCUUGGUCGAUGUAUCCUCCACGCAACAGACAAGCCUUGUGUGUCUAGUUUACAGGGUCAACAGUACAUCAGUUAUAGGCUGAGGGAAGAUGUUGAGGUUGUGUCGCACCUGCAGCUGAUAGGUGGAAGUUCUCUUGUGAGGGAAGCUGUGACAGUCUCCAACGUGCCAGAAGCCAAUGAUCUCUUUGCCCUUCACAUGUUUUAUCUUCAAGAUGAUGUGAAACAUGUCAACAAGAGUAUUCAGGAGUUUAUAAAGGAAAUACAGACUGCAAAGCCAAAUGCACCAGUCAUAAAGAGAGAAGACACGUGGCCCAUUGGAUCAGCGCCAGCACACCACCCUACCACCAGAUUUGACGUUAUUUGCUGGGACACUUUUAAUGCAACACAUAUAUUUCUUCCUGAUGAUUACCAAAAUGCAAAGCCAAUUAUUGGGGCAGACAAACUAGACAUUAUGAGUGUCGUUAAUGCCAGCAUAUCUCACAUGCACAUCAAAACAAAGGGGAAUUUAGAGUACCGAGGAAUAGAGUACGGGCAUAGACGUUUAGAUCCUACCAGAGGCGUCGACUAUAUCCUGUCUUUAAUCUUCCGUGAUAAUACAUCUGGCCAGACAGUCACCAGGAAACUUGAGGCGUGUAGGUCACUCACCGAGCCUGAAAUCAUACCUAUGCCUUAUGUCACCGAGAACAACCGCAUCACUCUAGUGCUUCCUAUCAUUCAAGCUGAGAUGGUAGAGGCAGUUGAGUUUGUUAAAAGAUAUGAAGCUGAGUGUAUGGUGAGUGGGGAGCACACAUUCCUCCUUCUUGCUCUCCUCUACCAACCUGGAGUCUCAUCAGAGGGAGAUGAUGCAGAUGUGUUCAAGCCACUGAAAGACUUGGCACUGAAGUACACCAGAGAGCACCAUGAUGCUGGCUCCAAGGUGGGGUGGGUCUCUAUCCACACCGUCAGUCACCGGCCUUCAGAAUUUGCUUUGGUUGACUUGGUGGUGAAGAAGUUGCAGGAAGACACACUGGUACUGGUGACAAAACAUUCAUCUCACAUCAGCAAUGAUUUUUUGAACCGUGUCAGGAUGAACACCAUCUUGAAUUGGCAGGUGUUCUCUGCUGUACCGUUCACGCAGUAUCACCCUGAAGGUGUACCUGACCAGGAAGCAUAUCGCAAGCUGGAGGUCAGCAAAAAUGUUGGCCAUUUUGACAAUUACAAUUUUGACCACAUAAGUUUCUAUGUUGGUGAUUAUACUGCAGCAAGGAAGUCAGUAGCCGAGACCAUUCCCAUCAUAAAGAAUGUAAAGGACCUCAAACGAGAUCAACCAGAAGAAUAUGACUAUGGCAUUUAUGGACUGUUCCUUCGGGCCUCCAAUCUCCACGUCUUACGCGCUGCGGAGCCGAGCCUCAAGCUGGUGUAUCAGAAUAUUGAAUGUAAUGAGAAGACAAAGACUCAGAGUGAGAGACACAAAUACUUCUGUUCCUUACAAGAAGGAUAUUCAUUUGGAUUGAGAACCCAACUGAGUAAACUUGUGCUUGAUUACAUAGAACAAGGAAAGGGAAAACUGCGAGAGUAGGUAACGUUUUAUUUCAUCUAUUAUAAUUUUAGUCUGCCUUUUAUAAAUGACUCCAGACAUACAGAAAGAUGUCCCAUGAAAAUCAUUCUUCAUCCACAGUUGCCAUACCUUGAUAGUUCCAGGUCAUUUGGGCGUCAGUCCUAAUAGGCCCCGACCUAACCUUACUUACUCAUUAGGAUUGGUAGCCAGUAAGACUGAAGUCCAUAAAGACUUGAAUCUAUUAGGACUGGAUCUCAAUUUAGUUAGGUUAAUGAAUUGGGACCAUUUGACUAAUAACUUUGCCACAUUCCUCCCUACCAGUACUCCUCUCACAGACAUAAGGGGCUUGUUGUGUUCCUUGUUGCCAUAAUGUACCAGUAGCUCUCUGUUGUUGAUUCCUAGUGUAUGUUCCCAAAUAUUUAAAGUCAUGCAAUGCUGUGUUAGUAAUUAGAGGUUUCUUUCUUUUUACAAAACAGAUGUCUUCCAGGAAAGUUUUAUUUAUCUCUGAAAUAUGCAUAAAGAAACCUAUUUAACCAUAGACUUUCUUAUGGGGAAAUUUUAGCCUCUAGACAUGAUAUAACUGCACUGAAAGAUGCAUCAAACUUCCCAUUUUAUAUUAAUUAAAUUUAAUGCCUAUAUACAGAGGAAAAAAAAAAGACUCCUACUCCCCCCAGUGGUGUCAUUUACUUGAAACCUUUUGGUGAUUAUAAUAAAUACAAACAGAUUUAUCAUUUUUAUCCUUAUAAAAUCACCAAUAGUUAGUACAGGCAGCUAUAUAAAGUGCCAUGAGUAUUUGUAAGUAGAGUAAACUUUCUUGAUAAAGUUCAGUAUCUUUCAGACACUAAGUGACUUCAGUACUGUAAUGAAAUAAAAUAAGGUAAAUACUAAAUUAUAUUUCAUCUUUACUUACCAGAGGUGAUGGUAAUCUCUACUUUAAAAAAAGAAUAUGAAACCGUUGAAAGCAGACUGUGCAGUGCAUGGAAUGAAAUGGACUCUUUUUUCUUCUACAAAUCAAAUUGUUUGUCUCGAAUAUACUGCAUUACAUACCGGUAUAAAGUUUUGUAAAAAGUGGGAUAACUGUACAUAUAUUUAGUGUAUUGUUUUUAAAGCUGUGUUAUCUCAUAAACACUACCACUUCAAGGCUUCACCACUCUACAAAACCCACACCCAGCCCAUGGAAUCUACAGUUACCAUACAACUGUUUUGCCAGAGUAUAAGUAUGAAUCUAACUUGACCAUAAACUGCGAUACUCCUUAGCUGUGGAUACCAUGAGUUGUAUGUGACAUUUUAUGGGCUGUUCGUAGAGUAGAAAUGACUUGAAAACAUCGUGUCUAUGUUGUGGGUUCUGAUUAUGUGUUGGUAGCUGUAAAAUCAAUACUGUAUAUGCAGAAAAAAACAUAUUUUAGUAUUUUGUUUAAACUUAUGUGCUUGUCAGUAUAAUAUUGCUUUAGUAUCUAGUCAGGCUUAGUCAGGAACACACUACAGAGGGAUCGGUGUGACGUGUAGGAAACUGCCUCGAAUAGUUGAUUUGAUUGUUUGUCCUGUGAAACUUAAUAAUAAAUUAUUUUUGAAGUAC